UCAUGUGCAGGAGGGGGAAUUUGUGGGGUGUUUUUCUCGUCACCAUUGCGUGGAACUACUACAGCUAAAGGAACUGCUAGAGGUGAUAAAUACUAGAGGGUUUAAUUAAAUAGCACUUUGACAGAAGCCAGGAAGUCAGACUUUUAAUCUCAAACAUAAUGGAAAUUCUGGGUUCUCUACUAAUCCUUUGGCUGGGUACCAUCACAGGGACCAGGGCAGAUGUCCAUCCAAUAGACAAAUAUGGGUUGAAGGGCAGUGCUGUGUGUUUGGCAGUUAGAGAAAACCCUCAGCAAGAGAUGAAAAUGAAAUGGAUGAUUGAUGGUAAUGUAAUAGCUUUGAGUGAAGAAGUUUCUCCUCAAUACAAGGAGAGGGUAGAUUAUAACUCCACAGACUACACUCUUUGUCUCAGGAAACUGGAACAAACAGAUGCUGGAAUCUACAUUGCAUAUAAGGUUGAGAAAUGGAAGGAGACACAAGUGGUCAAAUACAAUUUGAUGGUCCAAGAAGCUGUUUCCAGACCAGUCAUGGAGGUGGUGUCUCUCUACUCCAACUAUACUGCUGGACUCUGUGAUGUCACAGUGAACUGUUCAGUUACAGGUGUGUGGGUGUUGUCUGUCUGUGAUGGAGGUCAGUGCACACUGUCACAGCAGUCUCUGUCACACACCAGAGUCAACAUCAUCAUCUCCAAUGACAACGGGACUAUCCAGUGCACCGGCAGAAAUCACUUCAGUGCAGAGACCAACUCACUUCGCAUGGAGGACAUAUGUAUUGGUGAGAAGAAGGGGAGAGCUUCAACAUUACCAGUUGUGACCAUUGUGGGCAGUGUUACUGGUGGACUAUUCUUUGUUGGUGUGUUAGUUGGUGUAGGAUGCCUCAUAUCAACCAGAAGACGGCAAUCCCCUAAAGAGCAACAGUCUAUGCAGGCUGUUAUUACAGAAGUUGACAACCCAGUGGCUGCUAUGCCAGGAAGACCAGAACCACAGAACACCCCUGGUUCUGAGGUGACAUCUAUCUACGUCACUGCAGGGAGACCAGGAGCAGUACCAGCAGCAGCAGCAGCAAUAGAAGAACACCACCCAGUGGACAACGGGUACACUUCACCAGAAGAAAAUAUAGAACCACAUUCCCCCCCACAGGCAGACGCACUCUACAGCACUGUGCAGCAACGAGCGGUAGAAGAGUACCACCGAGUUGACAAAGUGGGCUGUCCAAAACAAGAGAGGCCAGCACCACAUAGCCCUUCUGAGGCAGAGCCUACAUCAAUCUACUGCACAUUACAGGAGCCAGCUUUAGCACAGUGCCACCCAGUGGACAAAGAUGGAAAUAACGUCAACAAACCAGACACAGUGUACUGCACAACAGGAGAUCAACUACCCCACUAAACUACCCUCCAUCCCUCUCAGAGACCCCCCACUAAACUACCCUCCAUCCCUCUCAGAGACCUCCCACUAAA